ACCUCCCAGUUGAGAUCAGACCCCCCUAAACGCCUCCUUCCUUCCCUCUCUCCUGGACUCCUUCCUUCCCUGUCGGCUCGUCCUAAUUGCCGGUAUAGACGUGUCGUGCAAAGGCAGGCGGCACAUCGUCUAGCUCCACGUUGGACUAUUCUCACCUGGCGGACUCCUUUGAUUUUGCACCUCGGCGACUCUUUUUUUCACUAGGACUGCUAAAAUAAAAGUGUGGACUCCUGUUAGUCUACCGCGUGACACGAUUUUAUUUCUUCUCAAUGUUUUUGGCUGGACGUCUGCCGUCACAUCAGGACAAGGGAAAAUAGUAAGCGCAGUGUGGUUUCAUUUUUAAGCGUCCUCUGGAUUUUUGUAUCAUUUUUUUUUUUGCACUUGACUGAGUUGACAUUGUGCCGGGAUGGAUUCCUUCAUCGUGGCAGCUCUGGUCCUGUGCUCGCUAACGGCCACAGCCUGCGGGGACAAAGGCUCCGGCAAAGCCAGGAGUUGUUCGGAUAUAAGGCACUUUUAUAGCGGGAAAGGAUUCCCUCUGGACGGGGUUCCUCAGUCUGAAAUAUCCGGCGAGCACCUGCGAAUCUGUCCCCAGGGUUACACCUGUUGCACCAGUGAUAUGGAGGACAACCUAGCCAUACUGAGUCGAGGAGAGGUGGAAGGACUUCUCAAAGACGCCGGACGAUCCUUGCAGGUCUCUCUCGCGGGACAAUUUAAGGCCUUUGACGGCUAUUUUCUGGAGUUGCUGAACCAUUCAGCCAUCACACUGCAGGAGACAUUCACGUCUACUUGGAAAUCUUUCUACUCCGAGAAUACCCAGGUGUUUACAGACCUCUAUGCAGAUUUGAGGCACUACUACCGAGGUUCUAACAUCAACCUGGAAGACGCUCUCAAUGAUUUCUGGGCAAGGCUUCUAGAGAGGCUGUUCUUUCACGCUAACAAGCAGUAUUCCAUUGGGGACGACUAUCUGGAGUGUGUUUCUAAACAGUCAGAGAUACUUCACCCUUUUGGAGACGGGCCCCGUGACCUUAAAACAAAGGUCACACGCACGUUUGUGGCCGCCCGUUCCUUUGUUCAAGGACUGGUCGUCAGUGGGGAGGUUGUCCGCAAAGUGUCGCAGGUGCCGUUGAGCCAGGAGUGCAUGCGAUCCAUCAUGAGGAUGACUUACUGUCCACACUGCCGGGGUACGGCCUCAGCCAGACCUUGCGUCAACUACUGCAGCAACGUCUUGAAGGGCUGUAUGGCCAACCAGGCUGAUCUCAACACCGAGUGGCGGCACUUGGCAGAAACUAUGAUGCAAGUGUCAGAUCGCUUCGAUGGCCCAUCUGGAGUGGACGUUGUGGUCCUUUCUCUUCCCUACCGCAUAUCAGACGCUAUGAUGACCAUGGUUGAAAAUAUGGAGUCAAUUAACACCAAGUUGCUCCUGGCGUGUGGCCCGCUCAGAGAAAAAUCAGUCAGUGGUGCAGCAACAGACGUCUUCCCGAAGAACGAAAAAGUUCCAGUCGAAGAGAGGUCAGCGAACAGCGCGAACAAACUUGGCCGACUGGUGUCUGAUGUAACCGUAAGGCUGAGGGAUAUGCAGCCAUAUUGGAUUUCUCUCCCGAGAAUGCUGUGCAGUGACAGAGUGGCCACCGGCGCAGGCGCUGAAGAUCGGUGUUGGAACGGAAUGACUCGUGCCAGGUACCUCCCAGAGGUCAUUGGCGACGGUCUGGCGAGCCAGAUCAACAACCCUGAAGUCGAAAUUGACAUUACCAAGCCAGACAGGGCAAUAAGGCAGCAGAUAAUGCAGCUGAAGAUCAUGACGCACCGCCUGAAGAAUGCUCUAAAUGGCAACGAUGUAGACUUUCAGGACACCAGUGAUGAUUCCAGCGGUUCUGGAAGUGGCGAAAUUUGCAACGACGAGGUGUGUUCCCGGGGCCCUCACUUUCGCAGCUCCAUGACCGAACGACCCGUUUACCCUUACCUUCCUGAAAACAAGAAGGUGGUGAAAGACUCAGUCAGUCAGAACCUACCCUGCAUCGUCACCUAUUUGAUUUCGCUGCUCGUAUUGCUGCUGCGGCUGCGGUAAUGGGCAUCGAAGAGCGAGGCCAGCUGGAACUGUGGUUGGGACUGGGUUCGGGCUCAAUGAGGGUUCUAAAAGGAGGGGGAGGAGACAAGCGGUUUGGGUGUUAGUUACUCUGCCAAAAACUACACUUCAUAUAAAGAACUUGGACAAACUUUCUUAUGGGUUCGGAUGAGAAGAAAAAUGGGAUUACAAGUAUACAUGCGCUCUUGUCUUUACGCUCUUGCUAUAAUAUAACACUAUUAGAGCUGAUUGUGUUAUAUUUUAAUGUUUUUGGUGUUUUGAGUUAUUGGAGAUCUGGCGUGUACCGACAAGACGUGUAACACUAACACUCUAUAAGGAGAGGAAGACACUCUCAUUAAUGCAUUUCUUAGUCCUCCUUCAAUGGCAGAGUACUUUGAUAGUAUUAUUUAUUUGUCAAUAACCUACUAUAGUUCCCAGAGUGGUUUAAUCACGCCCUAAUGUCAAACAAUAGACGCAGCAAGGCUCGAUAUCAGCACUUUUCCAAACAUGCCAGAAGUACAAAUAGCUAUGAUUAAUACUGGCAUGAUCAUUCAAAGAGGGAGAAACUGGAUCUCAGCGCCCGUGAUCUCUUUAAAGACCCCCACCCUUGGGUCAGGUCUCAAAUGACGGCAAAAUGCUGCCCCCCGUCCAAACAGAUUUUGUAGGUCAGAAUUUUGACGAUCAGAGCAGAAGCAGGUGCACUGUGGUCAUGUUGCUGCAGGGCACAACUCCAAAGUGCAUCCAAAGACGAAGACCCAUUCUAACCGUAUUUUCACCUUUUCACACACCCAUUUGCCAUUGUGUCAUUCAAUCUAAAUAGCAACCAAAAAUAUAGUCUAGUUUGUAAUUUCAUUGAUUUGAAGUAAUUAUUUUUUCACAUGUCCUCAAAAGUCUCUGCCAAUUCCCCUCAUUCCUCAAUUCAUAUGGCCUGGACUCCAUCCUUUGUUCUUUUAUCUCUUACAAUUGAGGCAAUGCACGUCACUGUGUGUCAGAUUUUAUUGGGAACACAGUGUUAGGGUAGGAUGGCCUGUCUUGUUCCAUAAAUGUGCAGCAUAUUCAGCAAGUUCGGGAGAGUUCUUUAAUGUUGGUGAAUUCUAAAAAAGUUAGUCCUAAACUGCACCUCUGUGCAGUUAGCCCCCAAUCACCUGCAAAUUUUUAGAAAAAUUGUCAUAGGUUUGUGCUCGUUUGGCCUGAAAAAAAUGUUCAGUUUGUGCUGCUAUUGCUUUUGAGAUAGUAAUAAUUCUUUUAUAGGUCAAUCAGAGGUCAACCAGCCCCCGAUUUUGUUUUGUUUUUUAAUAAAAAUGGUGUCAGGUGUAUGUUUGUGCUGUACAAAUUUUCGUUUGUGCUGCUAUCGUUUUUGAGAUAUUAAUUUCGAGUGAUGACAUCACUCAGCCCCUCAUUUGUUGCAAGAUGGACCUGAAAUGGUGCCAUUCGUUUAUGCUACAUUUGUGUUGUAAAAAUUUUGUUUGUGCAAUCGUUUUAUUGAUAUUAAUUUUGAGUGAUGGCGUCAAUUGCAGCGACUCCGUCGCACCUGACAAGACAUACCAACUCUCUCAAGUUAGUUAUUAUUUAGUAGUUAGUUAGUAGUUUAAAGAGGGGUGCAAGAGCAGAGACUGCUUUUUUUUCAGCAUUGUCUGUGUUUUCCGCCAUAUCUUAAUAUCGAAAAAUGACAGCAGCACAAUUGAAAUUUUUACAGCACAAACAUAGCACAAAUAUUUGACUCCAUUUUUAGCCAUUUUUAAUCAAAAUGGAAGGCUGAAUGACCUCCGAUUGACCUAUAAAAGAACUGUUAAUAUCUCAAAAGCGAUAGCAGCACAAAUGAGCACAAACGAAUGACAUUAUUUUUCUAUAUAUCUGAAGGGUUUUUUUCCUCUUUUUUUUUUACACUAAUACAUCAUCCCGCCCCCACGUGUCUCAAGUCAAGUCACAUUUAUUUAUAUAGCCCUUUAUUGCAACAGUCUCAAAGGGCAUCAGGCCCACAGUUGACGAAAAUUAUGACAUCCCACAUCCAAACCUCUCAGAGAAGGAAAAACUCAAAAUCCAACCUUCGGGACCUUGAGAAGGGACCACAGAAGGGGGGAAUUCCCCAUUCAGGAUGUUCAGGCUACAGUGGCUGCCAAAUGGGCAACAUUUAUUAAAGGACUUGAUACCAAUCCCUGACAAGUAAAUUAUGCACCCCCCCAAGGAGUCUGCAAGGUAGCAGCAAAUUUCUAUGUUUGUCUUAACGAAGCUCCUCAGCUUACUUCAACCAAGGUUCAACAGUGGUGGAUGAAGUACUCACUUUUUUACUUUUACUUAAUUACUUUUACUUAGGUAAAAGUACAGCUACAGGGGCAAAAAAUUACUUUAGUAAAAGUACAAGUAUCAAAGAAAAAAAUACUUUCUCCCGAUGCAAAAAUGUGAUAUAUGAAAUCUGAGCCAAUAUGCAAAGAAAGAACCAGAUAAUUCAUUGACCGCUCAAUUUUAUUUAAAACUGUGCAGAAUGGAAAAAAUAUACAAGCAAUAAAAUUGACUGCACUGUAAACGCAAGCUUAACAUGCUCAAAACUUAGCUUAAUGACAAGCAACGGUCAGGUGCAUACUAGAGCAGUGUUUUUCAAACUUUCUGAGUCACGGAACAUUUUCACAUUGGAAAAAAUCUCACGGUACACCACAAACCAAAAAUGUUCCAAAAUUACUUUCUGUUCAGUAGAUUUAAAUAUAAAAUAACUUCCCAAUAGUUACUCUUACUCAGUGUGAAACCUGAGCCUGUUAAGAUGAACACAAAACCGAUAUACAGUCAGGAAUUGAAGAAAGACACACACAAAGCUCUUCUUCAACACCUCUUAGUCUCUCUUUGUUUUUAACUUUUAUAGCAGUUAGACUUGAAUAGCUCAGAAUUAUCAUACAAGGGGACCUUAGGCGAACAAAAAAUAAACAAAAAAUAAUCCAUUGACUUGUUUUGAAGCGACGGGUGUUUCGUUUGGAGAUGACGUUUAAGCUUGCUUGGCACCAUGGUGCUGUUGGAUAGCUGCUCGUGUGGCGUUCAAGAACUGCUCGGAUUUCUAACCAUCAGCCACCUUACUGUCCUGGACAAUGUGUUGGAAUAAAACACGGGGGGGGAUUGACGAUCGUCACAUAUGGGUAAAAUUGAAAGGACACUUUCGUGUACUGUACAUCGACACUUGACAUGACCAAUCAAAUAAUUUACAGUAGACGUUCUGGGGUCCACAUUGUCGUGGACAGCUAGGUGGCUGAUGGCAAGAAAUUCGAGCAGUUCUUGAACAUGAAACGAGCCAUACCUCCCUCAUCUGCACACUACCGAAAACUUCUCACCACUCCUUUCUUCUUACUGCAACUCCGCCCGACAACGUGGAGAAAAAAAAAUUCUCACGGCACAUCUUACGAUCUCCCACGGCACAUUAGUUUGUCGCAGCACAGAGAAAAACUCCCAUUCCAUCCCAAUCCCAAGGUUGAGUCAAAAAGUAAAUCCCAUCCCGUCCCGUUCCCAGUCAAAAUGACUCCCACUCCUGUUUUUUCUUUUUCUGUUUUUUUGUUGUUAAACACCUUUAAUUUGGUCAUCAGGAAAGUCACUGGAUUUUUUUUAGAUUAUGUACUGUGUUUAAUGCAGUUUAAAAUCAAAUUGACACUACUCAUCCCCGAGUCCCUACUACUAGACCCAUAAAUUUUUUGACACGCCAUUUAUUUUGGAGUGGCACCCUGCCAUUUCAAUCUCAAAAAAUUUUCUUAUAACUUGGACCUUCCUCCUCCAGUUUAACUGAUGGGCAGUAUUUCCGAUUUUUGUCUUUUGUUCUCUAUUCAGGUUUUCACCUCAACUGUUCGCCAUGUUGAGUCCGCACAAAUAUAGUAGCCGGAAGUCAAAGCAUUGGGAACUUAGGAUAUUGGAAUGUGUAGUUCUUUUGAUGUGCCAACGCAAUUCGAGACAGUGUUGGCCAAUAAAAAUACAACUACAAAACUGGAUGCUUCAGUCUUCUAGGUUUUUUUAACCCAAGUGAAAAUUAUAACCUAUUUAGGUGUUCCCGCUCCCGUUGAUUAUUAGUCCUGUCCUGUGACCCGCUGUAUUUCCCGAAAUAAUUCGUGCUCUAGUCUUGUGCAAACCCCUACCUACUGUACAAGAGUGUGCAGAACCCAACCAUCUGAAGGUGCGCUGCUCGCUGUUGGUCACUAUCUUUUUCACCUGCCUAAUCUUGCUUGUAUAUCUCAUAUUGCACUAGAGGUAGUGCUCAAUUAUGGUACAGCUGCACGGGGCUUAUCGAUUAAAACGGAAAGAGCAAUUCAAAAUGAGGAAAAAAAAACAACAAACAAAAGUAACGAGUAAAUCAGGCAACAAUUUGAAAAGUAGUGGAGUAAAAUUACAGAUACGUGCUGCGAAAUUUAGUCAAGUUAAAGUAAAAAGUACCACUUCAUAUUUGUACUCAAGUAAAGUACAAAUGCACAAAAAUGUACUUAAGCACAGUAACGAACUACUUUUAUGUCAUUACAUGUAGGGCUGCAGCUAUCAAUUAUUAUAGUAGUCGAUUAAUCGAUGAACUGGUUAGUUCGAAUAAUCGAGUAAUCGGAUAAGGAACAUGAAAAAUUAAAAUACCUAAGCUCAGCCGCAAACAGUAUAAAAAGUAAAUAAAUGAGGAUCUAUGUACAACAAAAGAAUAAUUGGCUAACUUGCAUAGCAAAAUUCCGCUAGCUUAAAUGCUAUUAAAUGCUAACGUUACUUUUUACAGUGCUCUUAACAAAUGUCUCAGACACAUAUUCCCACAAAAAACGCUAAAUAUACCUAUAAACUAAAUUGCCAAUGCAUUAAAAAAAAACUUUAGCUCAAACAAAAGCUAAUGUUGUUCUUAACAGUGAGCAGCUGGAUUCACCCAUGUGAAUGAGGCAGACAAGACGGCAGUGUAUCCACCCAAGUCAUUAAAAAUAAAUGAGAACACUUUCAAAGUAAACCAUUACAAUGCCACUUUAAUGAAACGAAUACUCGAAGCAGCAAAAUUUAAUUUGAAUCUUUUUUUUCUAAUCGAUUGCUCGAGUUUAUCGAAUUAUCUUUGCAGCACUAAUUACAUGCCGCCAAUUGGCUUCAAGCUGGCACCAAUGCGCUACACUUGUCCUAACCAGUCUCCUUACUUAAACUUUUCCACGGCCCCAUGAUGGUGGCAAAACACUAUUGUUUGCCUGAAUGAAGCUCCUCAACUCACAAUAUAAGUUCUUGGCACCAAAAAGCUUUAUUAAUUAUUUUUAAUCAAAUGGCGCCACAUAGGUUGCCCCAACUCCAACUAACAACUACCCUUUGCCACCCUGCAAAAAUUGCAAAUAUGGGGCGAUUCAUUCAUUCAUUUUCCAAGCCGAUUAUCCUCAUGAGGGUCACGGGGGUGCUGGAGCCAAUCCCAGCUAACUACUAUACGACAGUUCACUGUAUUGUAAUAGGUGUACUGAUGAUAUGCUUUGCUGAAAUAUGGAACAGAUGAGACGGAGGAUGCUUUUAAUUUUUUCUAACUGCACCAUUACUUCAAUAGCACACUGGGACAAUCAACUAUAAAGCAGACAUGAAACAAGACAUCGUGGAAAUUUGUUAUUGACAGAUUAUUUAUUUGAUGUGACAAUGCUUCAUGCCAAUAUAUGUUCAAUAUAUUUCUUUCCCUUUUAAAGGAUAGGUAGGUGCAAAGAAUGUGCAUUUGUGGGACGAGUGGCAUACAGUGUUGCCAUUUUCAUUGAGUCUUGUUUUAAAAAUAUUGGCAUAAAUUAAUUUGAUAAACUAGGCACCACCAUACUGUGUGGAAGAACAAUAUAAAGAACUCCAUACUGUAUUUUCCCACACCAAAAUAAAGUAUGUUACUACUUUAGAUCAUUAAUAGUCAAAUGUUAUCCUGAGCCUAUAACAGUCUACACUCUCAUUUUUUUACUUUUUUGUCACUCACAAGGCCACAAGCUCAUAGAUACUAAAGUGUAGAAAUGCAUAUUUGUAUUGUUUAAAUUAGGGGUGUGAAUAUAUGUCAGAAAAUGAUACAGUAGAUCGCGAUACUUUGAAGCCCAAAAGAUUAUCGAUAUGCUCCCGCUAAGAAUUGAUAUAUUGUUUUAAAAAGGUGUCACUGUUUUAAAACAAAACAAAAAAAGAACCAACAGGUAGCUACCAAAAUACAUUACAUUAGAAUAGGGUCCAUGUUAGCUCAUUGGCUGCCGUAUAUAGACUGGAUUGGAAUUCUAGCGCCAUCAAUGGCACUGAAACCAGAGCAUUCACAGUCUUUUUUUGGGCAUUUACAGGUCACUUCCUGUUAAUUUUAGGGCAUUUAAAGGUUCCUUCCUGUUGGUUUUUUUUUUAUUAUUAUUUAACAACACAACAACAAUUCACUAGAAUAAGGCAGACAUAGCAGCAACAACAAAAAUUACAAAUAUUAACACAAAAUAAUAAUAAUGCGAAGUACAAUAUGCCAAGGGGUUUAAAAAAAAAUAAUAUUUCAACAAAAACAUAAAUUUGGAACACAAAUACAGUGGUGCGUCUACUUACAAAAUGAAUUGGGUCUGGAAGUACUUUCGUAACUUGAAAAUUCUGUAAGUAGAGACGCGUUUUCCACAUAAAUGUUCCGUUCUAAGCCCUCAAAAAUUCAGACUUAAAUAUUAUAUAAUGCAAGUAUGUUACAUACAGUAAACUGGAGCUGCGAGUACUAGCCAUACUGUAGUUUUGCCUUUCGUAUCCUGAAAUUUGUAUUGUAAAAUUAUGUAUAGACGUUCAUAAAUAGAGGUACCACUGUGCAAUGUUUUUAGAGCCUUUGAUGCCGAUGUACUUGGACUCCAUUGACGCAUAUGGAUGUCAAUGCCAUUGACGGUCACGGACGUCCAAAUUUCCCAUUUAGCAUCAAUGGCAUUUACUUUGUUUAUUGCCAUUGAUGGCCAUGUUUGUCGAUUCUAUUGAUACCAAUGUACUUGGAUUCCAUUGAUGCAAUUUUAAGUCUUAAUGCCAUUGAUGGCCAUGGACAUUCAAAUUACCCAUUCAUUUUCAAUGGCAAAAGAAAAAUGUCCCAGAUCAACAGGGAAUGAACAGAAAUGACUAGGACAGGCCCUCUAAAUGUCCCCAAAUGACCUGAUAUGACCUGGACACGUCCCCCAAAUGUUCCCAAAUAAUCUGAUUUAAGCAGGUCAAGUGUCCCAAAUGAUCUGAAAUUGUCCCAUACUUGGGCUGGGCUAAGAUCUGUAUCCCCACACAGAAAAGCCCUAGUUUUGACUUUGAUAAAGAUUUAAUAUAGAGAGCCAUAUCUUUUUUUAAAUGAAAUAAAGUGAGGUUGUUAUUUGGAUAUUUUGCACUAAUGAAUAAAAUAAAAAAGCCAAAAAUCCGAUUCCUGUUGAUUUAAUGCCAGCAAUAUGAAGCAAUUAUCAGAGAAUCCCAAAAUUUGAAAAAUAAGGUCCUAAUGAAACCUUUUCUUCAAAUUUGUAAAAUGAAAAGUCAAAAGAAAUAUGUGUAAUAAGCGCUCAGAUAUCUAUAACCCUUGCUAUAUCCUGUUUGUUUUUUUCAUGGAAACUGCAGAUUCAUGUGUUGACUUGCAUCCAUCAUUUUUUUUUUUUUCAAAAAGAAAUGUCAAAACUCUGAACUAGUCUCAAAAUCAUGAAAUUUUAAGUGUAUCAAAUGUGCUACAUACAGAAAUAUUGGGUUAAGUCACCUCCUAUUUAUUUGGGGAAUUUCUUGAGUCACUUCCUUUUUAAUCACACAAAAUCAAAAGGAAGUGACCUGCAAUUGUCCCAAAAUGAAAAGGAAGUGAUCUAAAAUCAGGAGGAAAUGACAUGAAAUGCCUCAAAAUUAAUUCAUUGCCCGGCAUUGGUUGCCACUGACGGCCAUAGAUGUCCAAUCUGUUUGAACUGGGAGUGAUAGCAGCGAAUGAAUGUAUUCGCUGCCAAUCCUCCCAGUUCAAACAGAUUGCACAUCUACUAGUGAUAAAUACAUUCAAAUUCACAGCAGAAGAAUAGAAAGUGCUUGUUUUCCGGUUUAUUACUUGUUUUGUAGAUUAUCCUAGAAUGAUCUCCUGACCCAUGUAUCGGUAAUUUUUGCAUCACCAUAUCAUGAGAUCAUCACCAUCAUGAGCCUUGUAUCCCAAAUCGUAUCAUAUUGUAAGGUACCCAGAGGUUCCCUCCCCUAGUUUAAAUAAAUGCCAUCAGGAAGCAUUGUCUUAACAGACCAAAAAAAAACAACAACAAAAGUAAACUUUUAGGGUCAUUUUUAGGAUAAAUUAAUAAUAAAGCAAUUGUGUCUAUGUUACUGCAGAUCCGUGUUAAUAUGUCGGGAAUUCUGUCCAACUUUCCCAAGCUCGUUUAAAUUUUAGCUAAUGCAACAGAAUGUGUUGCCAGUGUGUUGUGCUGCACAGAUGUGUGUAUGUGUAUGUUGGCAUUUUUAAAUCACUUCUACCUUCGACUGCCUUUGUCACUUUGUUCCAAUGUGGAGGUCAAGUUUGUCAUUUAAAAAAAAUGUGAGGAUCACGUUCCAAAACAAAUGAAAAGGAACGCCGUAGGGGUGUAAAUUUUCAUAGUCCUUCAAAAGACUCAGAAACAGAAUGUGAAAUUACACAUUUGUCCUUAUAAUGAAUGCGAAGGGACUCCAGCUGUGAUGGUGACAUUCCAAUUCAAAUACCACUUCCAUCCAUCGUUACACUUAGAACUUCACAGCUUGAGCACUCAAUUUUUUUUUCACCUGCUUUACUUCCUUUCUCGUUUUUAAUUCUAGUCAAAGCCCCUACCCCUUUUUUGUUCAAUGAAUGAAUGAAUAAACCUGCACUUUUUAGGAGGCCAACAAGUGUCGUCUGCACAAAGACAAGGGGUGAUCAAUAUGCAAAGUCAACACCCUCCCGAAGUGACUAUUGAUAUGAGGAUGUGUGAACUGUAUGCAAAUGAGCGUGGACUGUUAAAGGGGAAGUUCAGAAUUUUUGACAUUAGGCUUAAUAUUCAUGUUAGCAGGGUUUUAAUUAGUGUUGCACUGAUACCAUUUUUUGGCCCCAAUACCAAUACACGGCCGUGCAGUAUCGGCCGAUACCAUGCCGAUAUCACUUUGUCUGAAAUUUGUGUAUUAUAUAUGUAUAUAUAUAUGUGUGUGUGUGUGUGUGUGCAUAAAUAUACAUGUGUGUGUAUAUAUAUAUGUGUGUAUACAGUGGGGAGAACAAGUAUUUGAUACACUACCAAUGUUUUAUGGCGGAAAACACUCAGGUGACUUGAAGUUCCGCUCUGAGACCCACAAUUUGGCCAAAUUUCAAAAUUAUCCAAUAUGCAUGUGUGAUACAUCAUUGGAAAGCUUAAAAUCUCCAUUUUCUGGUGGAAAAAAAAUUUGAACAGGAGGGCAAUUUGAAAAAAAAUAAAUAAAUAAACAGCAAAACCCUAAAUGGAGGUGAGAGCACGCGAGAGCAUAAUUAAAAAUGUUAUGAUUUUAACGAGAUAUUAUCGCGUACUUACCUCUUUUCGAUCCAAAAACUCCAUGUAGCAUGUAUCACAGAGUGUCAUGCGAAUGGCCACAGCCAGAAACUCCAACAAACACCACAGGUGAAAUAGAACGCUUUCUUUGUAGUACCCUAGAAGUAGUACACAAACUAUCCAGCAUGCGUGUCUACUGCCAUUAUGGAGAAAACUUGGAAGCAUGACACAUUUGGACCCAAACGGCUGCUUUUGGAUGGGGAAAAACUAAAAGAGAUCCUCAGCACCCCUUGCUGUGAGUGACUUUCAGCGCCAUACUGUUCAGGCUCUCGAGUGGCUAAGCUAGCGUGAGGCAAUGGUACAUAUUAGCAUGCCAAUAAAAAGCAACAUAUGCAUGCAUAAAAUUCACCGAUGACUAUGUACUCAGUAGCGUUGGCUAUGUUUUCAGGAAAAACAUACUGAAACUUACCAUUGCAUGUCAAUAAUUGAACAGCAACAUUUGUAAUCCAGAAGCUCUGCAGGUUUUAUUGUUCUUUGGUCUUCUUAGGGAAUUUGUGGAAACUUUCUUUUGCCCAUUUCUUUUGUCGGUUUCCAUAGCAUCUAAAUGCACAUCUCACCAUGUUGCAUGUUUUCGAGGAAGGUGGGAAGUUGGAUUUUCCAACCUCCGACAUAGAAGCAUAUCAUUGGAACGUAACUCAAACUGGGAGAUCCUAGUCGAAACAAAAGUACCCACACAUCACGAGUUGCUUCAAUCUGACGUCACGCGACAAAAUGGCGCUGCCUGUCGAAAAAGCAGACUGUCAAUAGUAAAACUAAAGAAGGCAGUUUACAGUGUGUGCUAAUUACCUUAGCUGUUGUUUUUUCCUCCACUAUUUGCUCACUUCCGAGAAGUUAGGUCAAAAUGUCUUUUGAUGGCCAAAAUAAAAAACAACUUGACGCGAUCAGCCAUCAGUGCUGUUUGCAUUCGCUCGGAAUGCUAUGAGGUCACAACUGGUACUAUCCGAGUGGGAUAAGACUGACUUCCUACCUUCCUGAAAUGCAGCAUAAGCAUGAGUGGCCGAGCACUCCUCUCUAUUGUGGGCGCAUUUUUGAAAAAAUAGUCCCGCAGAAUGAAAUGAAUUACGGCCGUUUAGUGUGUGACAUUGUUUUGGCCACAUGGGUAUUUCAAACAAUGAUCUGCAUUUCGAAUUUAUUUGACUAUCUUGGAUCUUUUAAUAUCGUUUUAUAUUGGCAUGCUGAGAUUGUACCAUUGACUCUCACGAGCUUAGCCACUCUGGAGCCCUGAAACUGAGAAAUACCUGAUAAACUGCACGGAAUUUGUUGACAUCAACUCUACAGACCAAAUAAACCCCCGUUAACUCAAAGAUUAAGCCUAAAAUCAAACAUUCUGAACUUCCCCUUUAAUGUCUAUAUGGUUAAAACACAAACUGAGAGUAAGGUUUGUGCUUUCAUGCUGAUCUCCAAUCAAUUGCCAUACAUGCCCCGCUCAAGUUCAAAUUUGAGAAAUAUCAACAACAUGUUUGGCUUCCUUAUUUUUUUUAAGCUAGCUUUUUGUUCGGUUGUUGAUGGAAAUCUGUGGUCGGGAGAAAUGUUGGAAAGAGGUUGAAAAACAACAAUUCAGAUGUCUUGUUUGCUGUUGUAUCUAAAAUCUUCAAAAUUGUCAGUUAUAAACAUAAGAUUUUCAAUUUGUUUGUGUCCUGUUUCUUUCAAGUCAAUCUGCCACAAGUGUGGGUAAACCAUUAUGCUCA